AUGUCUCGCAGUGUUCGUGAUCUUCGUGAAUUAGUGUGUUUAUCUCGGUUUGGUUUUCGUUCUGAUGAAAAUGAUUUAGACAAUAAUAAUAAUAAUAAUGAAAACAGCCAAACAAAUGAUACAAUACUUUUUUAUUUUGAUCCUUCAAUACUUAAUAAUUGGCUUCAAAUAACAUCAUCUCGUUUAGAAAAAUUACGUUCAUUAACAACAAAUACAUUUAUUAAUUUUAUUUAUUUUUGGUUAAAACAAUUCGAUUAUGAACAUAAACAAUCCUUAUUUCAAAUGGAAUUUGAAUUAUUUAUUGAACAUUUACUUCUUGCAUUCACACCAAAUGAUAUUGAUUCAUUACAAAUAAAUCAAUUUGCUCGACAAAUUCUCCAUGACAUUGAUAAACAAAUAGGAAUAUAUUCAAUUGAAAAUGAUUAUGAUUUUAUUCAUCAUAUUGAUAUACUUAGUCGUUAUAAACGUGAUAAUCAAUAUCGAACAUUAUUAGCUGAUUUACCAAAUCAAUUAAUAAUAAAUACAAAUAAUCGUUUACAUUUACAAUGGAUGUUAGCUAUUCGUGCAUUUGGACUUCUAGCUAUAUGUACAGUAGCUGUAGAAUUUUUUCAAAAGAUUCAAAUGACACUUGAACAGAAUAGAACAACAGGUGAAUUUUAUUCAUCUCAAACUGAUGAUCAAUCUUUAUUCAAUAAUCCAUCGGAUCAAUUUAAAAAUCGAAUUUUAACUGCAUUACGAAAAGAUUAUAUUGAUGUUAUUGAAUAUUUUAUUAAAACUAAUCAAUUAACUGGUGAUUAUAUUGAUGAACAAAAUCGAAAUAUUCUCUUUCAUGCAUUACCUAUGGGAAAUACUUCUAUGAUUGAACAUCUAUUAAAAUCAAAUUUAUCCAAUUUUGAUAUAAAUUCCAUUGCUCUAUCUGGAAAUAGUCUUCUUCAUUUAUGUAUUAGCCUUGAACGUAUUGAUCUUAUAGAAUUAUUAAUAAAAUAUUAUCCAAAUAUAAAUUUAAAUCAACGUAAUAAACAAGAUGCAACACCACUUCAUCUUGCUAUAAUUUAUAAUAAUCUUGAAAUAAUUCGUUUUCUUAUUCAACUAGGUGCUAAUACAAAAUUAACAAUAAAAACAAAAACAUGUUUACAACUUUCCAAUGAAUUAAAUCAUGAAAAUUUAAUUGAAUUAUUUUCUAAACUUGUUUAA